GGCCAUCGCUACGACAGCAUCCCUUUCGCCAACGGCAUGAUCAGUGCUGGAAUGAGCUGCCAGCUGAUCCACUACAAGUUCGAGGAGCACGACAAGUUCUUCAGCGUGUGUAAGAAUUUUGACUUCCUCAUCGUGCGCUGCAACCCGGGCCAGAUCAAGGCCGACGGCGGCGACCAGGCCCUCUUCGACAACGGCGUGCGCGGCCUGCGGAAGCUGGGCAUCCAGGCGUGGCCGUCCCCGGACGUCAUGGAGUUCAUGGGCGCCAAGGACGCCCUGUGCAAGGUAGCGCACAUGAACAUCGGUCUGGAGGACACCCUCUCCUUUUACGACCCGAAGCUGUUUGAGGCGGGUUUCAAGAAGACCAUGGCCUUCCAGCCCCGCGUGAUCAAGCAGAACCGCGGGUCUUCUGGCGAGGGCAUCUGGAUCAUCAAGCUCAAGGCUGGCAACUACUGCGCCAGCUAUGGCGAGCGCUCCUGCACAGACGACGAGGUGCUCGACCUCAUGGAGGCCAACGACAACCACUCCGAGACGAAGACGGUAGCCGAGUUUGUGGAGUUCUGCGUCAACGGCCGCACAGCCAAGUCUGGCGAGUGGGCCUCGAAGGGCGUCGGUAAGUACCUCGAGGGCGGCAAGGAGGCCGGCGGCAUGCUGGUGGACCAGCGCUUCUGCCCGCGCAUCGUCGAAGGCGAGCUGCGCUACAACAUGGUCGCAGACGCCCUCGUGGGAAUCAUUCACAAGAAGCCCAAGGAGGGCGGUAUCUCGGCUGUCGGCGGCACAGGCUCCAUCUACACCUUCUACGGGCCCGAGGAGCCCAAGUUCAUGAACCUCACGGACAACUUCCUGAAGAAGGACCUGCCGUUCGUGAUGCCCGCCCUCGGCCUGGCCUCCGAGCCCAUCCCCCUCUGGUGGACCACCGACUUCAUCCUGGCCUCGCCGGUGGGCACCCCCUCCGCUGAGGAAAAGUGGAUCGUGGGCGAGUUCAAUUGCUCAUGCGUCGGCAUCUCCAAGUGCCUGGCGGCCUACUGCAAAGACGACACUCCGAACGCGUGCUACACAGACAUCACAGCGGAGGACCUCGCCGAGGCGGACCGGUACGGCGUCCUCAUGGGCCAGAAGGCGCUGAAGAUCUGCAAGGAGGACUUCUCCUCCUCCAAGCCCGUCGACAUCACCUCGAUCACCCGCGUCGCCAAGGACGACCUGGGCCUGCUGCCGCAGCCCUACGAGCCAAAGUUCAAGGGCGCCCUCGCCCAGAUCUUCGUGCGCAGCCAGAGCUACGGCGGCUCCGACAAGAGCUCCAACGGCCACCGCUACGACUCGAUUCCGUUCGCCAACGGCAUGAUCGCCGCAGGCAUGAGCUGCCAGCUGAUCCACUACGUCCACCAGGAGCACGACGCCUUCUUCAAGGUCUGCUCGAAGUUCGACUUCAUCAUUAUGCGCUGCAACCCGGGGCAGAUCAACGCCGACGGCGGCAGCCAGGGCAAGUUCGACGAUGGCAUGCGCGGGCUGCGCAAGAAGGGCAUUCAGGUCUGGCCGUCCCCGGACGUGAUGGAGUUCAUGGGGGCGAAGGAUGCGCUGUGCAAGGUGGCCAACAUGAACAUCGGCCUGGAGGACACGUAUUCAUAUUACGACCCUGUUGAGUUCGCGACGCUUUUCAAGAAGACGAUGGCGUUCCAGCCCCGCGUGAUGAAGCAGAACCGCGGCUCCUCGGGCGAGGGCAUCUGGAUCAUCAAGCUGAAGGCGGGCAACUACUGCAAGACCUACGGCGAGCGCUCCUGCACUGACGACGAGGUCCUCGACCUCAUGGAAGCGAACGACAACCACUCCGAGGAGCACACGGUGGCGGAGUUUGUCGAGUUCUGCGUCAACGGCCGCAGCGCCAAGUCCGGGACCUGGACCUCCAAGGGCGUCGGCAAGUACCUGGAGGGCGGCAAGGAAGCUGGAGGCAUGCUCGUCGACCAGCGCUUCUGCCCGCGCAUCGUGGAGGGCGAGCUGCGGUACAACAUGAUCAUGGACGAGCUUGUGGGCAUCAUCCACAAGAAGCCCAAGGACGGAGGCAUCUCGGCCGUUGGCGGCACAGGUUCCAUCUACACCUUCUACGGUCCUGAGGAGCCCAAAUUCAUGAACCUCACCACCGGCUUCCUGCAGAAGGAUCUGCCGUUCGUCAUGCCCGCGCUCGGCCUGGCAGAAGAGCCCAUCCCGCUGUGGUGGACCACGGACUUCAUCCUGGCGUCGCCCGUUGGCACUCCCGUGGAGCAGGAUAAGUGGAUCGUCGGCGAGUUCAACUGCUCCUGCGUCGGUAUCUCCAAGUGCCUGGCUGCCUACUGCAAGGACGAUACUCCAGUCGCGUGCUACACGGACAUCGCGCCGGAGGAUCCGCGAUGCCGACCGCUAUGGCAUUCUGAUGGGCAUCAAGGCACGGUCCAUAUGCUCAGGAGACCUGCGCCAUCCCUCGGCCCUGUGGACGUCUCAAAGAUCACCCGCGUCGCCAAGGAGACGACCUGGGCCUGCUCCCGCAGCCCAAGGAUCCCAAGUUCAAGGGUGCCUUGUGCCAGAUCUACGUGCGGUCCGCGAAAUACGGCGGCUCGGACAAGAGCAACAAUUGCCACCGCUACGACUCGAUCCCUUUUGCCAACGGCAUGA